CGGCGACAGCUUGCUGCACCGGCCGAGAUCUGUCUCUUCUGCUAUCAGCAGCAAAGAUUCCGGCCAACCGACGGAUCAACAUGAAUUCCGACGGAAGGAAUGAACUCGGCCACGGGGACCGCAAAGCUGCGAACCUCACCAUGGGCCCGGAGCGACAGGAGGUGGAACUGAAUACGACGGCGAACCUGAGGAGCCUGGCCUUGAGCUGCCGGGCACAACUUCGAAGGCUUUCUGAACAGGGAGAAAGCGAGAGAGACUCCACCCGGGUGUCGGACAACUUUUGGGCCUCUCGACAAUCUGCCGAAUUCGGGUUAUGGUGCUUCAAGGUCGGCGUGGACAGGCAGGGACGCGCUUCUAUCGACAGAAGGCUCAAGGAUGUGCCAGAUCUCUGCGACAUUUUUAGAAAUCUGCUCCAUUCGCUGGAGAGCGAUUUGAAGGAGUUUGGGCAACCCACGAUGGAAGUUACAACAUCGUCAACCGACAGCGUCCCGAGAGAUGUGGGCUCGGACUCCUCGUCCUCGCUGUCGUUUGAUUCUCUCUCCUCCUCCGAGGGGUCCGAAGGCCAAGCGAGGGGACCGCCAGGGCGUAGCCAGAUCGACCAGAGGAACGAGACACUACGCAGGCACAUCGAGCAUACAAUUGAUCGACUCCAGGGCCACACACUCUGGAUCAUACAAACAGCCGCCAGACAUCGACAGGAGCGUGUGGAAGUCUACCUCAAGAAAGAUGGCCCAAAGGUUGCUUACGAAGCAUUCAAGAGAAUUGCGGCGCACAGAGCCAAUAACCAAUUCGAAAAGGCGUCCGAGGCUAUCAAAACAAGGAUAGCUGAGUCUUUUGCGAGGCGGAGGAUAAAGUUCGACUACUUGAGAGACCAUCAGAGAAAACGGGCCAGGGAGAGCUCCUUGCCUGAGCCACACAGGGCACCUCGCGACGUCGUGUCACUACCAAGACAUGACAGCAAAUCGGCAGCGGCGGCACCCGAGGGAUAUGCCCAGCCCGGGCAGUCACCGGAGGCGACGAAGGGCCCUCACGAGAUGGGUGCCGUGAAUCAGAUGACAAUAUUGUCUGACACCGAGAUCACACAGUUAGACCCCCUUCCCGCCGCAGGGCUCCAAAGAAGGCCCGAAAGCGUGACAUCAGUCGUGAUCCGAGGUGUCGAGUUCCCCCCACCUCCGAAAAUCACCGACGCCAGCUUUGAGUGUCCUUACUGCCGUUUUGAGCUUAGGGCUAGUGACGCCGAAAUAAGCCGCUGGACCCAGCACGUCAUGCAUGACUUUGAGCCGUACUUCUGCACAGUAGAGCACUGCGAAGCUCCAUUCAGCUCUCCAGACACAUUCGACGGCCUAAUGGCGCAUCUACAGAGCCAUGUACCUGUGAGAUACCACUUCGAUAUGCCGGACGGCGAGCAUAGGGAGUUCGAUCACGAGAGUGAGCUCGAGGAUCAAAUCAAAACGACCGAGGAGUAUAGAUCUAUGCCGAGCAACUCUUUGGACGCCUUCAAGGCGGCCAGUCGGGGCAGAGGCAUCUUCACAUUUUCUAUCUGCCCCUUCUGUGGCGGUUAUCCCGAUUCUCUGGAAAAGAGCGGCUUCCUCGACCCGAGCCAACUGGAGAGCCAGAGAGAACUCAGAUACCACAUCAAACAACAUAUGCAGCUUAUUGCCCUCUUUUUGCCACCGUACAGGGAAGACAUCCCUGAAGACGACGACGACGCCGAGGGAACUUCCAGCGCUCGCCGGCAAAGCACCAGCGAAACCAGCUCGGCAGACCAGGGGGAAGCCGUCAUGAUUUGCGGUCGGGACGAGUGUGACUGCCAGGAUAUUGCGGAGCAAUCCGUAGUCAAGCCUCUUGACCUUGAAAAUAACAACGACUAUUGGAUCGCAAUUUUCCAGGGGACUGGUUUAUACGACCGCUCCGGUGUUUCGAACGACUACUUCCUCGACAUGGACAACAUAAAGUUGGGGCCCUUCAUCGCCCGGUGGAAGUCUCAAAACAUCGGACCCGCUCACGCAUCAGCCGGCGAUAUGAUCAACUUUCACUUCGGCGACCAGUCUACUACGCGCCCGCGGUGCCACACCAUACCGUUUCCGCGCAGUACAGCCCUUGUAGAGCGCGGCGGCAUCUUCUCAGAGCUCGAGAGGCUGCUCCCGCCGCGGGCCGAGUGGCAGAGCGCGGCGCUGUGGGGCCUGGGUGGGUCCGGGAAAACGCAGGUGGCGCUCGAGUAUGCGUACCGCCGGUGGUACAACAGCGCACCCUGCUCGGUCUUUUGGGUGCAUGCCGAUAACGAGGCGACGUUUACGCAGGACUACCAAUCGAUUGCGAAGAAAUUGCGCUUGCCGGCGAAUCUGCAAGACGAAGAGCUGCUAGCGGCGGUGCGGGACCGUAUCGAAGCUGAGCCUUCCUGGGUGCUCGUCCUCGACAACGCCGACAACCUCGGAUUGUUUGGCGUGGGUUGGAGAAAGCCGGGCGCGAGCAGGCAGCCGCAUCGGGCGACGACAGAUUAUGCACCAAAAAAUCUGCACCAGUUCGUCCCCCGGAGCCCUACCGGAACGGUUUUAUGGACGAGCCGUGACGAGAGGAUCGCCGGCAGCCUCGUUGUUGCCGGGCAAACAAUCAACGUGGCGCGCAUGGAGGCAGGUGAAGCGGUGAAACUGCUUGAAACAAUAAGAAAUCGAGCCAUCGACGACACGGAACAGGACAACGCCUCAGCGUUACUUGCCGAGCUCGACUGGCUCCCGCUCGCGAUUUCGCAAGCUGCGGCAUACAUGCGGCGGACGCGCACGCCGAUCGAAGAAUAUCUGUCGAAGCUGAAAGGAGGGAAAAGACGAUGGAGGAUUCUUCGAGCAUCGGAACCUGACGUUCAUCGGAGAUGCGAGAAUAUUCCUGAGCAGAUGAUGAAGAAGGCGGCAAAACAUUUCGAAAGCCGGCGAGCACAAUUAAGCGAUAACGAAGACGAGAGCGACAGUGAGGACGAAGACGCUAUAGACGCGAUCACGCGCCUUCGGGAGUUUUCCUUUUUAAGCCUACGCGCAUCCGACUGGGGCCGUGCGUAUGAGAUGCACAAAUUGGUGCAAGAGGCCGCGCGAUACCGCCUGCGAGCGAAAGAGGACGAAACGCUUUUUGCGAAAGCAGCGCUCCGUAUUGCCGACAAUCUUUUUCCGGAAAGACAGCGGGAGCUUUGGGAGGAAGCAGAAAAAUACCUUGUGCACGCGCAGCGAGCGGGCGAGUGGGCGGAACUAUGUGGGGAGGAGGAGGCAGCGGCGUUGUUAACUCGAGUGUCGAGCUAUUUAUACGACCGCGGCAGGUGGAGAGACAGGGAGCCAGUUGAUAAGAAAGCGUACGAACUUCGGAGAGAGGUGCUCGGCGAUAGGCAUCCCGAUACGAUCCAAAGCAUGGCGUCGCUCGCAACGACAUACCACAGUCAAGGGAGGUACGACGAGGCAGAAAAAAUGAGGGUGGAGGUGCUAGCAUUACAGCGCGACAUGCUCGGCGACAAACAUCCCGAUACGAUCGGGAGCAUGGCGGACCUCGCAACGACAUACCACAGUCAAGGGAGGUACGACGAGGCAGAAAAAAUGGAAAUAAAGGUGCUAGCACUGCGGCGGGACGUGCUCGGCGACAAGCAUCCCGAUACGAUCGGGAGCAUGGCGUCGCUCGCAACGACAUACCACAGUCAAGGGAGAUACGACGAGGCAGAAAAGAUAUCGGUGGAGGUGCUGGCACUGCGGCGGGACGUGCUCGGCGACAAGCAUCCCGAUACGAUCGGGAGCAUGGCAGACCUCGCAACGACAUACGAAGAUCAAGGGAGGUACGACGAGGCAAAAAAGAUAUCGGUGGAGGUGCUGGCACUGCGGCGCGACGUGCUCGGCGACAAGCAUCCCGAUACGAUCGGGAGCAUGGCGGACCUCGCAACGACAUACCACAGUCAAGGGAGGUACGACGAGGCAGAAAAAAUGGAAGUGGAAGUGCUGGCAUUGCGACGCGACGUGCUCGGCGACAAGCAUCCCGAUACGAUCGGGAGCAUGGCGGACCUCGCAACGACAUACGGCUGUCAAGGGAGGUACGACGAGGUAGAAAAAAUGCAAGUGGAAGUGCUGGCGCUGCGGCGGGAUGUGCUCGGCGACAAACAUCCCGAUACGAUCCGGAGCAUGGCGGACCUCGCAACGACAUACCACAAUCAAAGGAGGUAUGACGAAGCAGAAAAAAUAAAUAUGGAAGCGCUGGCGCUGCGGCGGGAUGUGCUCGGCGACAAACAUCCCCAUACGAUCCAAAGCAUGUAUGGCUUAGCUUUUACGUGGAAUAGCCUGGGCCGGUACGAUGAGGCAUUGGCGUUAAUGGACGACUGUGCCCGGUUACGGAGCCGCGUCCUUGGUCCGAACCACCCUGACACGCAGGAUUCCCUACGUUUGUUAACUUCGUGGAAAAGAGAUUAGCAGAAGGCGGCAUACAGACUGGCUGCGGUAAAUACAAUGGUUCCGACUGGCAGAUUCUGUGGUUCUUAGCUCGUAGAUCUGCUAGUCGACAUUUCUCCGCC